AAACCACAUGAUACUUCGUACAUAUAAGAUAGAUUAAUAGAAGCAUUCACGUGUAUCCUAUAUCUCCUCAGAAGCUCUUGACCGUGGUGAGCAGAUAGUCAGAUUCGGGUAUCACAAUUGUUUGCUACUUUAGCAAAGUAUCUCCUUCGAUCCCUCCUUUUCCCCUCUACGUUCUCACCUUUCAUAUCCAUCCUCGUUUCAUGUUAUCUUCUUUCAGGACGUAGGGAUCCAUACUAGGUACCUAGUAGUUCGCGAUAGUUCGAUCAUCCGUAUCACUAUUAAAAAUACCUCUCCUAUUCACAAUGCCCGACAAGAUCCUAGAUGACAUCUCUCACCGGCGCUACAAUCCAUUGAGGGGGUCGUGGUUGUUGGUGUCGCCUCACAGAACCAAGAGGCCAUGGCAGGGGCAGCAGGAGGCUCCCAGUGUCAAUAAGUUGCCUGAAUAUGAUCCAAAGUGUUACCUGUGUCCUAGAAAUUCGCGAGCGCAAGGAGACGCCAAUCCCGACUAUACCCAGACUUUCGUCUUCGUAAACGACUACAGCGCCGUGAAGGAACAGCAGCAAGACUACGAGGCCGAAUCCUCGACUGAUGAUCUAUCCUCUUUGCUGCUCCGCGCCGAAGGUGUCAAGGGCAAAUGUUUCGUCCUUACAUUCUCGCCGAAGCAUCAUCUUACCCUAGCCGAUAUGCCUGCCCGAGAUACGCUACCUAUUGUCGAAACUUGGACCAGGAUUUAUGCUAUCCAUCUUGCGCCGACAAACCCUCUUCGGCAAGUCGCCGCAAAGCUCGAUCUCCUGAACCGAGAAGCGCCACGGGAGUCUAUCGUACCUCCGCCAACGCAGCAGCUGCGAUACAUGCAGAUCUUCGAAAACAAGGGCGCCGCGAUGGGAUGCUCAAAUCCUCACCCGCAUUGUCAAAUCUGGACAACUAGUACCCUGCCGGAGGAACCCGGCGCAGAGCUCGUCAACAUGGCCAAGUACAGAACCGAGCACGGAGGACGACAUCUCCUUGGGGAUUAUGUCAAGUUGGAGAUGGAGAAAGAAGAGCGCAUCGUAUAUCAAAAUGAGUCCUUCCUGGUCGUCUGUCCGUGGUGGGCGAUUUGGCCGUUCGAAGUCAUGAUAAUUGCUAAGCGUCACGUCAGAGCUUUGGUAGAUUUCACCGAACAGGAGAGAUUUCACUUCGCGGACGCAAUCCAGGAGGUGACGAGGAGAUACGAUAACUUGUUCGAAACAAGCUUUCCGUAUAGCUCCGGAAUCCAUCAGGCGCCCCUGGACGGAACAGAGGACGAAAUUGAAAGUAGCUGGUUCCAUAUGCACUUCUACCCACCAUUACUUCGAUCAGCUACUGUACGAAAGUUCCUGGUCGGGUAUGAAUUGAUGGCGGAACCGCAACGAGAUAUUACUCCCGAACAAGCUGCCGCAAGGCUUAGGGACUGCGCCGGAGAGUUGUACCGUAAAAAGCUUCAAUAGCAACGAAUCGUUGCUCACGACUUGGUUAGCAGGGAAGACUCAAAAAAAUAGAUGUUAGAUACACGGGUAAUUAGUAGCAUAUACAUAGAUACAACAAUAUUUAGCGGCCGCAGUGAUCUAGCUGCUUCACAGAUGCCAUCCACAGGCGCCACCAAACCGCCCACAUAUUCGAUCAUUUCC